CUCGCGGUACAUCGGGGUGUACCCAUUUUACAUAUAUAUUUUUUGAUUAAAUUUUCUUUUCGAAUUCCUCAUUUCUUUGAUUUUUUAGGAAAGGAGGCCCUCCUUUUUUACAUUUAUUUUCAAAAUUUGCCAAGAAUUUUUCAUUCAAUGCUUUUUCAGAUUUUUCAUUAUUUUGAUUAAUUUUUUCCUCUUUUUCUUCUCCUUCCCUCUCGGGGUUAUUUUAAAAUUCACAAUAAUUUUAGUUAUUCCACAAGUCUCAAUGUAAACUGGAGGACGGAUCAAAUGUUUGUAAAGUGGCUUCUCCUGCUAUGUUUCCAUUUAGACGUCUGGACAGCAAUUUAUCUAUGUAUAGGCGUGAAAAGGUUCAAAAAAAGAUUUAUAGAACUCCUUUCGAGCUUAUCAAGGAUGCAAAAGGCUACAUGCGGGUUGGAAACAGCAUACAAGCUAGAGAGAAGGCGUAUGCUUGCUAUUCCAGCACUAUUAAACACUUAUAUAAACAUUUUAAUUUGGCUAUAGACACUCAUAAUGCUACAAAAUUUCUGGCUAGACUUGCUUGCACUUGUCAACGAGGUUUUGAUUCUGGAUGGGUCAUCGCUUCCGCUGAUGAGUACGUAUUUCUUAAUUUAGUGAUGUCUGAGAAAUUUUCUUGGUUAAAAAUUUAA